AUGUUAUUAACAUCUGAACUAACUGACACUGAAAGGGGAAAAACUCUUACUCUCGGGCGAAUGCAGAGAAACAGUGUUCGAAAACGUUCCGUCCUGUCCGGGCGUGCGUUACUUGCAUAUUUAUACCUGCGGCAUACCAAGAUGGCCGCCACUGCAAGUGCAUACUCUACACCGGUGAACAAAGUCGACAGAAAGAAUUUAAUAGUUUUGAUAAGAAAUAACAUUUUAAAUAAUUCCAUUGAAUUUGUAUCGGAUACAGAAUUGAUGGACACAGAUUCUCCAAUCCGAAAGCCGAAAAGCCUCCAGCCAGUCAUUAAGAAACUAUUCCAUUCCCCAAUGGCGGACUACAGUCCAAAACAGAGUGCGCUUCCCCGGGACGAAGUAGACAGAGCAAAAAGGGCGAGAAAAAGGAAACAACUGCUAAUCCCGGACUCGAAUGAAAAAAUCAAAAGGGUUUAUGUAAAAGAGUGUGACAGUGACAGCUAUAGCCCUGAAUUAUGUGGUGGAAUGAGAAGACGAAUGUUGAUAAGCUUGUUUCAUAAUAAGGAGUAUUCAAUGGAUUGUGGAGACUAA